CAACGACUGCACAAACGGUGGUGAAAAAUAUGUAACAUACAUGGUGCCGUGCCGUAGUGAACAUCUCUGUAACACUAGCAAUGGCAGAGGCAGUCAGAGAAUCGCAACGGAAGUCUAAAAAGAAGAAAAAAGAAAAAGAUAAACAUUUACCUCCACCAACCCUUGUUGAAGAGAACAAUGAUGAAGGGACUUUUUUAAAAGCUGAUGACAUUCCAAAAGUAGAUGCAGAUAAUGACUCGCAAGAAGGGACGAGCCAACUACCAAUUGAUGGUCAAGAAGGUGCUAUGGGCAUACAUUACUCAAACACUGAAAGAACACAUGAACCUAAUCAGGAGAAGGAUGUUGAUGAAAAGAUUGUAAGAGAUGAAAACAUUAUAGUAGAUAAUGCAACAGAGAAUAAUGAACCUAAUACUGUUGAACAUUCAAAUGAAAUCCCUUCUACAGACACUUCUGCAGAUGUGGAAAAAGAUAGUCAAGGUAAUGUAACUGAAAAUAUUGCAAGUGCUCCCCCUGUGUCUAUAGAAUCUGCUGUUGUUUCAGACAAUUUAACACCCUCUGCUCCACCUGUUAGUGUCGAAAGUGAAAUUGCUUCAGAACAGUCUCAGGUAGGACUUGAGAAUUGUACUUCAAAUCAGAUCGAACUAGACACCACACAUGAAUGUGUGGAGGAUGUCACAUAUUCUGUGGCAGAUAUAAGAGUUCCACUGGCAGAUGUCAGUGAUCCUAUAGCAGAUGUGAGAGAUCCUGUGGCAGAUGUGAGAGAUCCUGUGGCAGAUGUGAGAGAUCCUGUGGCAGACAUGAGAGAUCCUUUGGCAGAUGUUGGAAAUCCAUUAGAUAUCAGAACAAAUGAAGCAACUGCUUCAGAAGUAGUUUCAACUAAUUCUGAGCGGACAGUUAAUGGGGUUAUUACAACCUUGAAGGAUGAAGGUAUCAGGACGCACCAGCGUUUGCAUCCGAAUCUUAUGAGGCAACAGAGCCAAGCAAUGCUGCCAUUCACUGAUGAUGAACUUACAAACUAUUACUUCAAUCCCAUGCUACAGCACCAUGAGUUAUAUGUUGAGAGCUUUGUGAAGCAAACUAAUGUAACCAAUCAUGAAUUGUACGAAUUGUUGCUAAAUUUCUUCAAAUCAAGAUCGAACCUACUGGCCGUCAUUGCCGAUAUUUCCAGUGUCAGAAAAGACUACAAAAACUAUACUUCCGAACUGUGGAUCUCACAAGAAAACCACAUCACUGCAAAUGGUCGGUGUGCUGAUGGCUUUAAAGUGUCGCAGACGGUCACAUACUCCACCGUGGAAUUCAACUACAUGAAACUACACGAGGUUGAGAGAACACUGAAGCUGAUACGUUCAUUUGCACACGACACGCUCUCCCUGUGCCUCUAUACUGCCCAAUUAUCACGGUUACAAAUUGAAUCUUACUUGUAUUUUUUGAUUACAAAGAAUCCAACCUUGGAAAGCAUUAAUAAAUAUUCUCCCAUCACAGCUCACCUGGUUGGAGAAAGCAGCAGAGAAGAUCAGCAACAAAUUGAGCGACUCCGUCAGUGUAUAUCUGUCUUAUUCGCAUUUCAGCGACGUCCAACUCAGGAUCAAGUCUUUAUUGAUGUAACCAGAGAGUGGCUGAAGAGGCUAAUUGCAAUAUUAUUAAGGCUUGCCAGCAUUCCCGACCACCUGUUUAUCCUAAAUCAUCUGCUACGAUGCCCAGCUGGACUUGAUCAAUGGGCCACAAGCUUCUUGCAGGUUUAUCCACCACCACAGGGCUACAUUAGUGGCCCUUUGGGGUCAACAUGGGGUAGCCCCCUACUUGAUCAUUUUGUGGAUAUGCUUGACUACCUGAUGUCCCCUGUCAGGUAUCGAGAAGAAUAUCUAUCUCGACUGCGGGUUGCUAUGACUCCAGACACGAGCAAAGCCUCAGACACAAAUCCUUUUGCCUGGACCAUUGUUGAUGAAGAUGGUGAAGAGGAUGAGGAUGCUGAUAACCAAUGGCUGAUGCUACAUGAGAAUGACCUUGUUGGUUUACUAGCUCAGUUUCCAUUUGACAAAUGCUUCAGACAUGUUCUGGCCAUGGACAGUACAGACGAAGAUGAGUAUGCCAUAGAGCGUGUUGGUAGCCAUCAUGUAGUGAAGUUGAUAGCAUUUGCAACAUGUGUUAUCAACAUUUUGAAGAAAGGUUUGACAACGUUCAACAAAGCACGAUAUCGACAAUUUGUGAAAAGAAUCGGUAGAAUGAUCAGGCAUACCGUGCAAUACGUAUCCGACCAUUGGUUGAAUUACCGUGACUGGCGCAUAUCAUGCGGUGAUGAUGAAGAUGCGAUUCCUAGUCUUGUACCUUAUGAUGCACAAUUCUCGCUGAAACGGCUGCAAUUGGAAAUUGAUCAGUUCUAUUUCCGGGCAACAUCUUGUAUCUUGUCUGCUAAAAGACUUGGCACUUGGCAGUUCAUGUCAGAGAUGCCACACAACAGUAUCUCCUUGCUGAUGAUGUGGAAGUUGUUAUGGUUAUUACAUAGUGACGGUAGUGGUCUUGAACAAGAGGUACCUCAAGGAGCAGGAAUCGAUGCCUACAAGUGGAGACUGUCUGAUCCCGCUAAUCGUGGUGCUUUUGAUGACAAGCUUGGCAAUAUGUCGAUGCAAGAGCUCAUCUAUCUCCUGACAGCAUUCACCAGUAUGGCACGCAGUCGUCCAGCCUCUGAUGUGACUUUCAUCAAUUUUAUCGCUGUUGAGAUAUUUGAGCUUUCCUAUGCUAGAGACCAUACCAAGAAUUUCUGUUGCAAGAUUGGGCGAGAAUUACUAUCAGGCCUGGCAAGCACUCAUCCAUUCAUAAUGUCCACGUUGUUGUGUCAGGUAAAAGACGUUUUCCUGGCAAUUGGGACGUCAUCUUCAGAAGGUCACUUUAAAAAGCAGGGCAUUUUUUUCUUUUACAAGAUGUCCAUGUACCUAUUUAGAGAGCUACCUUUGCAUCUAUGGCAACCAUCAUCAGAUGACAUGGAACUAAUCCGUCAUUGGUUGGUUGACUUUGUACCAAGCAGCGUAGAGAACCAAUUAGCACGCUUAAUUUUGAAUCGAUUAAACUGGGGUUUCAAUGACCAGAGAAAUGCCCUUGUUUUGGAUAUCAAGUUGCAUCGGUACGUUGCUAUCCUCAUCGUCGAUGCCCACUGCAAACACAUAGGCAGCAAAGCAAUGGAAGCAGGUCUAAUCUCUGGUGGUAUAUUAAAGGUGUCACAGAUAGCCACCAAUAUUCGCUCAAUGUUAACAACCGAGCAGUCCUUUGACGUCUGGGCAUGGGAAGUACUAAUGAAGCUACACCUGCACAUCAACGACCAGCCAUGUCAAGCUUUACUUCCAUCAGGCAGCAGAUCUGGUCCCGAAGGCUUUGAAGAGCAUCUGGAUAUCCAUUUAGACCCUGUUUUGUACUUGGUCCAAAAGGGAGUGAAGAACAAUACACCAGUUGCCUGCUAUGUUGCUGUAUCGAUGACUAAGAUAGGACAUGUAGUUGAAGAUUUCAUCACUCAUGGUUUGAAGUACCUACAGGUGUUAAUAGAUGCCAACAAUCAGAAGAUGUGUAUCCCUCUGUUGGGAAUGGUUGUGAAGACAUUCCUUAAGGAAAAUAAGCAAAAAUACUUAGUCACCAAUGAAAAGUUCCUUAACAUCAUCUGGUGCAUAUUGCAAGCAGACACCAACAACUCUAGGAUCACUCAAAGGUUCUUCCAGACCUCAUUCCCAGGAGAAACUACCAAAUGUUUUACAAGCAUGAUUGUGAAACUGCUUCAAGAUUUCAACACCUCAGACCAACAGCCUGAUGUGAUUGUAGCCUUUUGGUUAAAUGUACUAACCUUCAACAGCAACUGGUAUCAGGAUCUGGAUACUCAGUAUGUUCUCAAUGCUCUGCUGCAAGUUGCCUUCAGGGUUAAAGAUGGCAUCAAGGUGGCAACUGAUUUUCUCUUUGCUCUCUACAAGACCUCUGCAGGUAAUUCCAAGAGUCAAGGCCUCCUGUCGUCAGUGCUAAGCUAUGUAACUACCAGUGUACCACAGCCGAGCUUCCUUGAGGCUCAGAGCAGCCAGUACGUCUGGCUAGCCUACACCAUCUUGUUAGCAGAGCAAAAAUUCCUUGCGGAUAUUCAGCUGCACAAAUUUGUUUACCAAGAGCUCUAUAAGGACCAGAAGGUCACCCCAGAGGUUGCACUGAAGAAAGGUGCUAACAAGUUAAAACUAGGAUUUACACCAAUGAUACAGCGGUUACCCAUAUAUAGAUGGGCUUCCCAGGUACUGGAGACCGACACCAACCAUCCAUUACUACCCAUAAUGUGGCAAAGAUUCUUCGGUUUGUAUCUUUUGAGGCUGGCGCCGGAGCCUGGCCUUCCAAGUCGUGGUAGUGUAGGGGAAAAGUUCUUCGCUAGCCUCAUGAACGUUUCUUUGUUGAAGCGAUUAAAGAAACAACUGACGGCUACAGCAGACUAUCACCACUUUUUGAGUAAGCGACGUAGUACAUCAAAUCAAAAUGGGAAUGAUGAAGAUGAAGAUAGUACAUCCCCGGAACUGAGCGAUGAGUAUAAAUCUGAAGCUCAAUUUCAUCAAAAGCUAGUGACGCUGUAUCAAACAUUUGCUUUAUGGAUUGAAGAACCACUCCUGCAUGAUCCACAGCUCUACCUUCCAUCUCUUCCACAGCAAUAUGACGCUGAAAAGCUCAGGCUAGCAUUCAAUGAUGAUGAGCAACCUUGGUUAGAAUUUGUUGACUCCAGCCGAGUUGACUUUGAAAUCUUACAGCAUGUCAAAUUUUGGAUGAAAUUAUCAAGUUCUGACGUGCCGGAUAUUGGCAGUGGGUCAAUUAAUGGCCAAAUUGAAACAGCUACGAGUAGAAUUUUGAGCCACCUUGAAAGUUACGACAAAUCUCAGGGCCCGCCAGAAGUAACGGCGACCACAGCGCCAGUACCUGAAGUGCAACGUGCAAUGCUAUUAUCGGAAAAUGAACUUAUUGCCAACUUACAUCCACAUUUUGUAUUGCUAGUAGAUUAUGCAAGCUGCUUUACCAGAAGAGAAACGCUCCAUGUUAGUUUAGAUUGUACAUAUUUAGAGUUAUCACCAGAAUUGCAGUUUAACCAAACUAUUGAGAGAAGAUUACGUAUUCCGUGUUCCAGUACUUUUAACCCUACACACCGUUGUGACGGACCCGCUGUAGUUACCUUAACAUUUAAAGAGAAAAAAGUAAACACUUCAAUAUUCCGGAAGUUGGAAGAAAACAGAAAUGAGUUUAUGAGUUUGUUAGAGGAAUCGCAAACACCCCCGGCAGAUGAUAUUGUGACAGCAGCUGUCUACAUCGAGAAUACAAUCACUGAUUUGAUAAACUUCAACCGUGCAUCCCAAGGAGAAGAAUAUGAGAAGAGCAAGAAAACAGGCAUUGAUUUAUUCUAUUACUUCGCUAAUCGUACAACUGAAGAUGUUCGGCAUUACCCACCUACGCGUCAGUUCUUCUCCUCUUGUAUUGAAAUAUUAGGGCAGGAAUUCAUAAGGAAUAACCCAGAUCAAGCUAAGCCCUUGCUGCAGCUCAUCAUCAGCAACCUGGUUCUUGCAAAUCUACUGUCACCAAACUUCAGGCCUAGUGCCUGUGCAGAAGACUUUGUUGGCAUGUACGGCGAGGUUGUCAGCGUGACGAUGAAUGCUAGUCAAGAUUUGGCUGUGAUGCUUCUGACAAAAUUUGAUGUCAAGUUCUGGUUAAAUGGGUGUGCACCAGACCGUGACAAGUGUUACCAGAUGGUGGAUAUUGUCGGUGAAGCGCUCUGUCUGUGUAAACAGAAACCCGAGACUCAACUAUUGACCCAGUUUGAGAUGUACAGAACACAUCUGCAGAUCUUGUUAUCGCAUCACUUCCCUGAUAAUUUCAAUAGUGUCUUACAACUUCUUCUCAAAGGUAGCGCAGGAGGAUGUUUGAGUCCUGAUAUCUGGUUUGACUUCCUACACAUCAUUGGAUGUCCUGUCAGCCAUUUGGAUGAGUCGCUGAGCAACAUAGACUUUACACAGGUGGUAGGCCAGACAGCAUCUUCACUUACGUUAGCCCAGGUUCAUGAGACAAUUCAGUGGUUGACCACGUAUUUCAGCAAGAUGCGGAACACAACCCCAGACCUGGCAAAGUUUGGCCUGUACUCCAAAUGGAAACCCUACAUCCAGCCUAUUGCAAAUUUGUUCAGGUUCCUUAUCACAACAUACAUUGUGCAUGAAUCAACUAAGUUACUGGAAACGCAACAAAAUCCUGAACAAGGGAUACAACAACAGUGGUUAGUGAUAUGUGGAUUGUUUGCACCGUGGAUUGACACUGUUCAAGUCCCAUCUCCCUCAGACGCCACAAAAACAAUCUUUCUGCCAGCGUGGGUUGAAGUAGACUGGCCCUCAGGUGUUAUCUUAGUAGCCAUCUUUGCAGAGGCUGUUAGAAGUCUAACCAUACAGUUCCAAGGAUAUUUACCGCCCUCCGGCAAGGAUGCGAUGUCUCUUCUACUGUUCUAUUAUGCGAACUCUUUAGCGAGGAAAGAGGUCACAGUAGAUGCUCUUCAAAUUUACAAUCGACGAUUUGAGAAAUUACCAUGGCAACAGUACCACCCUGAUAUCCAUUGCAUGGAUCUGAUGUUAAAUAUGUAUGAAUCGAAUCCUCCUGAAAGCUUUGUGUUCCUUAGCAAUAUCCUCCCAAUGAUGGACUGGGAAAAAAUUCUCCAGCACUACAUCCAAACGGAGCAUCCAUCUACCGUCACCCGAUUCUGCUCAAACUUCCUGUCUAUCCUCAUCAUGCUUGCUUCUAAUGUUGAGAUCAUGACAAAACCACUUAGCAAGAUUCCAGCAUUUAUCGUAAAAUGUCAGUCGCUAGACUGGCGUUGGCUGGAUGCCCAAUCCUAUGAAGCAGCCACUCAAUGGCAGAUAGAAAACUCUGACCCACGAGAUGUGCUAUGUGCUAGGGGAUCAAUCAAGAACAAUAUUACAGAGACUUCUCGUGUUCAGUAUGGUUUGAGUUUACUGAGGGCCAUUGCCGGUUUUAAUUCUGAGUCAGCCGAUUGGCCAGAGGGACCGUUGAAGCGCCAUUCUUACGUAAAUCUACUCAUCAGUCUGCUUUGUAAGGUGUCCCACAUGAACGGCGUGAACCAAGACAUGUUCGAAACCAUCAUUCACAAUCUGCUCAAUGAUAUUGAAAUUGUCGGCACAGCAGGUGGACUGACGAUGGAUCAAAACCAGGAGUUGAUAUCAUUAGUGACCACUGUACUUAGCUUACUCAACAACUGCAACCCUAUUGGUGGACUGUUGACCGUGGCUCAAGAGAGCAUCCUAAAAUGGGUUGAAGUAACCUCCAGUAGCGUGGUACUACCAUUCAUCACCGCUACUUGCCGGACGUUAGCAUCUAUCGGUGGGAUGUCUAUCCUUGUCGAGGUCUGCGUACGAACUCAUUUCAAAGCAGCUGAUUUGAGUGAAGGAAACAAGUAUGGCUGGGCACCAGUACUUGGAGUGUUGGAAGUGCCGGAGCUAGCUCCACAUGAGUUCCUUGUGGAAUGCCUGAAGCAUAGCUCAUACUUGACGCUGUAUGCAUAUAUCCUACAGAGUUUAUCCAAGUGUCAGAGUCUGGAAGAAGAGACAGCCCUACUCACUCUGCUCAUCAAAUGGAAUAUGGAUUGCAGACCAAGGCAAGACAAUGAAACCAAACUUUUGCUGUGGUGGGGUAAGAUAGUCGACCUGUGUCUACGACAAGUGGAAUUUGGAGCAAAACAUGACAUCAUAGUCCGUACCCUCAACAACUUCAUUCCAGCUAUAGCUGUCUUAGGAGAGAACAAAAAAUCCGGCGGGAUACUUGGAGCAAUCGGCCUUGGAAAGCGGUCAGAAUUGACAAUAAAAUUUCGACUGAUAGCUCGUGCCCUUGCAGCUUACCUAGCAGCUCAAAUCCCUGGUGAUACAGGCCUAAGACUUGAACCCAAUGCACCAGGAGCAAUCUUGCCUGGCAUGAAGCUGUCCUCGCCAACAUCCCCUAAAGGGGCUAGGCCUAGCGCUCUAGCUCUGCAAACAUUCAAGACACUAGAUACUACAGUGGAUAGUAAGGCUUAUGCUUCUAUAAGAGAUACAGCGGUAUUUGCAAGGAAGUUCCUUCAGGACCCAUCACACACGUUAAGAGAUACUAAGGUUCUUCUAGGUCAUCUUGCAGCUGCAUUGUACCCAAAAGAACAGUACCUGGCGGUAGUUAGAACCACCUAGAAACAG